AUGUCAAUAUUCGAACCCGCCCACGAACCCUCGUGGCCUCUCACCCCUCCUAAUUCCUCCGAUCCUUCAGCGCCAAAAGAUGUCUCGUCGGUGGUGACAGCAAUCCAUGUGAUCUCAACCGAGCGAGCAGCUCUCGCCCACCUCGAGCACAUCUACCAGACCGAUGCGCGGGCGCAGCACGAUCUCGCCCGCGCUGUGGAUCAGAUUGCGCGGAGCGUGCGCGAGGGUGGGAAACUGGUGGUUUGCGGGGUUGGGAAAAGUGGGAAGGUCGGACGCAAAAUCGAGGCGACGAUGAAUAGUUUGGGCGUAUAUAGCGCGUUCCUGCAUCCGACUGAAGCCUUGCAUGGCGACCUGGGAUUGGUUCGGCCGAAUGAUACAAUUCUUCUCAUAUCCUUCUCUGGUCGCUCGGGGGAACUUUUAUCGCUGCUCCCGCAUCUCCCCGCUACUGUCCCGGUGAUCGCUCUUACGUCGCAUACACAUCCGGCGACAUGUCCGCUUCUCUCGUUGCAUGGCCCUGCGGGAAUGGGUAUUCUUUUACCGGCCCCGAUCCACGAGGACGAAGAGUCUUCUUUCGGUGUGUGCGCGCCCACAUCGUCCACGACGGUGGCCUUGGCGCUCGGCGAUGCGCUGGCUAUUGCUACGGCCCGGAAGCUGCACAGUGCAACAGGGAAGAGUCCUGCAGAGGUAUUCCGGGGGUUCCAUCCUGGUGGUGCUAUUGGAGCGGCGGCGGCAGAGACACCGCUAACCACGCCGUCGAGCGGCAUGUCAACGAGGAUGUUUGACUCUCCAACCUCGUCUGUGUCGCUUCCGUGGGAGGAAAUCACCCCAUCGAUCCCUCCUUUCAAUUUACAGGCGCCACCGGAACAGCGCGUCAUUUGUCGAGAUAUGCUGGUUUCGCUCGAUCAAAUCCCCACUGCUUCUGCGUCGUCGCAGUCGCCUGACGAUGUCAGACUUCUCGAUAUCCUUCUCACAGCCAUCCAGCACCCAGAUGCCAAAUCGUGGGUGUUGUUAUCUCCGUCCGAAAUAAUCCCCCCGCGGCGCAUUCGGGCUCUUCUUUCUCCUAGUGGAGAUAUGGAUGUGCGUGUGUCCGAGGUUAUAGCCAAGAACCCCGGUACUUCAUUCGUUGUACCCCAAAGCAGAUGGCUCUUGGUGCCAGACUCGACACCUCUGGCUGAGAUUCGGCGUACUAUUUGUGAAUCUCAAAAUGGACCAGACCCAGUCUCUGUCGUUGCUGUCGUGAAGGAUAUGGCCUCUCCCGACAGUUUCUUGGGAGUGAUGGAGGCAGAGGAUCUAUUGGAUGGAUGA